GGUGCCGGAGGCUCCCAAGGCGGGGAGCUAAAGAGAAAAAAUGCCGGGAAGGGUGUCCUGCCCCCGGAGAAAAAGAAGAGGGGCGAGGGGGGCAGGGAUGCCCCCUUGGUGAUUAUCGAUGAACCCCCUUCGGGUAAGCCCUCGGAUUCCCUCCCCCCAGUGGAUCUUGGCGAGGGGGCUUGGCCCCUGGAAAAGGUGCAGUUCCCCAUCAAGAAGGGGACAGCUAUUAUGCAUGGCACCCUUGAUCCGAGGGAGUUCCUGAGGGGCGCCACUCCCUCGCUGGAUCGAUCAACCCUCGGCAAGUUCGAGGACGAGUCUCUCGAGCUCAAAGCCCUUCAAGCCUCGGUCACGUCGAGCAUUGCCCUCGGGGAGAUGGUCAGGAGGGCGGAACAGCGCCGCGUUGAGAGGGCGAGGUCCGAGGAGGCCAUGCGGAAACUGAUUGCCAAUAACACCGAGGCCAUCAGGCAAUUGGCCGGUCUGGAGGAGGCCCUUCGGCAAUCUGAGCAGAGGCUAGAGGCUGCCAAAAAUGAGGCUAGGGCCGAGGGAGUCGCUAACGGGAAGGCUGAAGCAGAGAAAGCUGCCGCCGAAGCCGCCAAAGCAGCCGCCGAGGAAGCUGACAAGGCCAAAGCCGAUGCCGUCGCCAAAGCCACCGAGGACGCCGUUGCUUCUUUCGUUGCCGAUGGCUGGAAGGCCGAAGAAUACCAGCAGUGGGUGGCCUCGGUAGUUGAGGCCAAAGCGGAUGCCUGGGUAAAGGGCCCCGGGGCGAUGUGGCUGGCCCUGAAGGGGAAAAGUUUUUACGAGGGCGCCCAAUACUUUACUCAGGCUAUGCUAUACCGGAGGCUUGCUCGGCACCACAGCGUAGAUCCGAAGGAGUUUCAACCUGAAGCCUACGGCCUCCCCCCCCUCCUGCCGGAUGUGAGGGUCCCCCUCCCUGAGGGUGAAGAGAGGCAGCUACUUGAGGAUUCCGAACUUGCCAAGUGUGAUUCUGACGAUGACGAGGGUGAUGCCUCCUCCGAGCUGAAGGAUGUCUCCCAAGUAGCUGACACUUAAGAUUUUCUGUAAUAUUUUUGUAAUUGUAAACUUCGGCUCCGGCCACAUGUAACCAAACACUUGUUACUCCGAAUAUUUCC